UAAUGUAAACACCAACAUGGCGGCUGCCGAGGACGGAGCCUACUAUGGAACAUGGAGGAUUGUGGAGUGCGUGUCUUUAACGGGUACAGUGGAAACUACCGGGAUCGAAGGGACCGAGUUUCAGCUGGAUGAAAGUGGGGAUGUUUCGUGGAAGGUGUCAGAAGAUGCAGAACCAAUGCCUUUCUUUAACUGUGAAACUUAUGAGGUGACGCCUGGUGCUGCUAGUGACCCCGCUGUGCUCAAGUUCAUAUGGACUUACGAGGGACAUGUCAUUGAGUUUAGGGUGGAGGUGGCGGAUGACCUGAUGCUGCUGACAUAUGAGAGAUGUUGUAUGCUGCAGUGCCAGAAGGUGUCAUCAAAUGACCCCAAGGAUGAUGUGCCGUUCUCAUUCCUUAGUGCCAUGGAGGAAGGCUACUUCUCAGAACUCAACAUCAGAGCUGAUUCUGGAAGAGAGUUCAAGGUCCACCAGGUCCUGCUGCAGUUGAGUGCCCCGGAGAUGGACUGGCUGCGGUCCCCGCCCCCACUGACGGGGCUGCGGGAGGACGUCCUGCAGGCCACCCUACACUACCUGUACUCAGAGUGUCUCCCCAGGGGGCUGUCGGAGGACACGGCCAAGGCCUGUAUCAAAUCGGUCGGCAAACUGCCCGGCUUCUCCAGAUUCUCAGAUCUCUGUGAUACGUUUCUAAAAAAUACAGCACUUAAACAACAAAUCACCAACCUCAUAUCAGAUAUGCAUGGGUGUGCUGACAAGAUCAUAGAGCUGUUCAGUGUUAAGGGAGGGGUGGGCGAGGGGCACCUGUCGGUGGACUCCAGCCUCAUGUCCAACCCAGCAAAGCUGUGUUACACUGUCAGACAGGGCCUGAAGGAGGCAGCAGUUGCCUGUGCCAAGCUGCUGAUCCUUUGUGACCUCUUCUCAAAGAGGAAGGGCGAGCUGUCGCGCGAGGAGAGACACGAAAUAAUGAAGUAUGCCAAGUCAAGGUUACCAGUAUUCAUGAACCAGCUACACAAGUUCCUGGAGGUCAUCAAGCAACACACGUCCAGUCUCACUGCUCCACAGAGGAACGAUAUCGCCACCUACCUAGUGCCCGAGCUGGAGACGACGCUGGACCUGAUCUUCCGGUUUGCUGUGGAGACGAAGGAUGCCCUGGACAAGGUCAUCACCUCCAGCAACACGUCAGAGAAGUCCGAGAAAUCAGACAAGCAUAAAAAGGGGCAUGUUGGAGACGUGUUAGGGAAGGCGCUAAAAAACGCACUGCACAUGAAAGAGCUCAAGAAACUGAAAAACUUCCAUGACAGGACAUCCGCAAGCUUCACACAUCUAAUGCAGAAGAAGGAGAACUUUGGUAUGAUGACACAUGGAGAGAAAGUGAGGUCAGUCUCAAAAAACCUGGAACAAGUGAUUGAUGAGGUGCCAUUCUUUCUGGUGCGUCUUGAGGAGCUGAUGGCGGCCUUGGAUGAAAAGGUGACGUGGAGAGAGUGGAAAUAUCUCUUCAAACUCGGAACAUCUAAAGUUGCCUGGGGUCUGGGCAAAGUGUUGGCCAACAAGUCCACUCUGCAGCAUCUCAUCGACCAAGCCUGUGAUAUCACCAACCGGGACCAGUUCACGGCGUCACUUGCGUCCCUGGGGCUGACGUCGCCGGAUGCCAGUCAGGACAGCAGCGGGGCAGGAGGAGGCAGACAGAGUCACGGGCCUACCAAGUAUGCUCAGCUCAGCUCAAUAGAGUCCCUAUGCAUCCCUCCGUACGCCCGAGACAGCCGGACCGCCAAGAGGGCGCUGGAGCUGCUACGUAAAGGCGAGAAGACCGAUAUGACCUUUGAAAUAGAGGUUGUGCACGAGGGUGGAGACAUUGUGAUUGACCACACCCACCCGGGUGAGCCGGUGGAGCGGACGGAUGAGGGGGAGGUAGAGGUGAAGGAGGUGCGAGCUCACUGCGUCAUUAUUGCCGCUCGGUGUGACUGGUUCCGCCGAGCACUCCUCAGCGGCAUGAAGGAGUCUAUACACAAAAAAAUAACAGUUCAUGAUACAAAUCCUGAGCUAUUCCAGCUUUUCUUGGAGUAUUUAUAUAGCGGCCAGUUGGAGACAAAUGAGUUGUCAACAGAACAGCUAGCUGAUAUGACCACCCUCUGUGAUAGAUAUGAGAUGGACAGCCUCAAGUCAGUGUGCGAGCAUGCUCUGAAACACCACAUCGAUGAUGAGACGGCCCUGUACCUACUCAGCCUGGCUGACCAACUGCACUGUAAAUUUCUCAGGGAGACGUCACUGCACUAUAUCACCGAGCACCACAGCCUGGCGGACAGCGAGGUCUUCGAGGACCUGCCCGAACAUCUACAGGCGGAGGUGGAGGACGCCAUUGCCUGGCACGGGCUGGAGCCGCGGACAGCUCGGUUGCGUGCCGGACCCCUGGUGGACACACCUAGCUCCCUGUCCAGUGUCAGCGAGGUGGACGAGCUGAUGACCAACAUAGAUCUCAUGGAUAGGCCCCAUGACCUGUCCACCUCGAGCUCCUCGGAAGACUUACCAUUCAUGGAGGACCCAUCACGCCUGGAGUCCUGCCUGGACGCUCUACGCGACAUCGUUGGCGACACAGUGCCACAAGAUGAACUCGUCCGCAUAGCAAUGGCUGCCGACUAUGACACAAACCGAGCACUUAAUUUCUUCUUCUCUUCAUAGCACAGGGAGUGUUUUAGUACACUAUGUAAUAUAGGAUCAUUGAUGUACAAUAUUUGACUAAGAUGUUGUCAAAGUAUCUCUACUGCAGUUCAAGUGGUGCUUUCCUGGCUGGUGAGAUGGUCCAGACAUCGUGGACACUGUUCUUCCUCUAGGAUACCUUGAAACACAACUGGUAUCAGCUUGUUAGAUCAGCCAGUCUCUGUGGGCCUCUGUACAACACUGUACAACAUGAUGCAACACUGUACAACAUGACACGAGUCUAUACAAGACUAUUCAACUUCAUGUAGUACUACCAUAUACAACACUGUGCAACAUGAGACAAUAACAUGAUACAACUGUAUACAACAUGAUAUGAGUCUGUACAACAUGAUACAAGUCUAUACAACACUAUUCAACUUCAUGUAGUACUACCAUAUACAACACUGUGCAACAUGAUACAACUGUAUACAACAUGAUAUGAGUCUGUACAACAUGAUACAAGUCUAUACAACACUUCAACUUCAUGUAGUACUACCGUAUACAACACUGUGCAACAUGAGACAAUAACAGGAUACAAGUUUAUACAACAUGAUACAACUUCAACAACAUGAUGCAACAAAUAUCCCAGUGUUAUGGGUUUACGGACGCUUAAGAAACAUUCAUACUUUUCUCGCUAAUCACAUCAACUGUAAAACAUCUCACUCACUUACAUUAGACUGCUUUAUCUUAAAAACAAGCUAUCAUCUGAGGAAAUACAAUGUCUGUGUGACCCCACACCUCUUGCUAUCGCAUGAGUAAUUGCGAUAAACAUAGCCGUCCGAUCCGACAACCAUGUUGUACAACAUGAUGUAACAGUAUCAAACAUGCUACAACGGCAUGAUGUACAACACUAUACAUGCACUGAUUCUUAAUAUCAUUAUCAUGUACGCUGACCGAGAUACAAUACGUGAACGGGUGAUGCUAGGGCUGGGAUGGGUAACUCGGGUACUCAGGUCAGGUGGGUACUGAGUAGGACCCGGGUACCCACAGGACUACCCGGACCCAUGGUUAGUCACGUGAUAUAUUGUUUAAGGACAAAAAUUACCCAGCACGAUAUG